AAAUUUUUCUUUCAGUUGUUUUCCAUUGUUGUGUUUGGUUGUAUUUCUGCGGGUGGUUAUGAUGAUAAUGGCUUUUGCCUUUUUAAUGGAGAAGCUGGUGCAUGCCACUAUGGUGUCGGAAUUGGUAUCAUUGCAUUCCUGGGCUGCAUUGCAUUCCUUGCCUUAGAUGUACAGUUUGAAGCCAUUGAAAACCCUGAUACAAAGAAGUACAUUGUUUUGGGUGACCUAGUUUUCUCUGCACUUUGGUGCUUCCUGUGGUUUAUUGGAUUUUGUUAUCUUGCGGACAUGUGGAGGAAGGCAGACACAGAUCCUUUAGAUACUUCUCAGAUUAACAAUUGUCAGGCUGCUAUAACAUUCUCAUUUUUCUCUAUCAUCACAUGGGUAAGUGGAUCAAAUGAGGAAAGGACAUCAAUGUAUUUGUAUUUUCCUUAAUAAUCAUUGGUUUUUUUGCUCAGAUUUAAGUGACUUUCAUAUUUUAAAAUUAAUUUUCUUAGUUUAGGGUUGAAAACAAAAAAAAAAACCAAGAAACAAGGAAAAAAUAAGGACAAUUAUGGCAAAAAAAAUUAUGAUGCUAUCCCAUGACAUUCACAAAAAGUACUGUACAGCCCCUAUUUCAUGGAUAAAAAAAUUCCCACUGCACUUAAAAUACAGUGUACCUGUGGUUUAUUGCUUGAAAAUUUAAACCAGUGUAAGCCCACUCCAUAGAUUAUUUUUCUAAUGGAAAACUUGUUUGCCUGAAUCUUUGGGUGUUUAAUCUUUAUGACAAUAUUUAUUUUUUCCAACAUAAAGAGAAAUUUAGAAUUUGGUUUUUGAUUACAUUACACCACCUUCUUAAGUAUGUCUUUCAUAGAUCAUAUUUACAAAAUGCUAUUUGCGACCAUUGCUGGUUUCAUGGAAGAAACCCUUCAAAAUGAAAAGUUUACUUACUUUGAUCCCAAAUUGAAUUGUACACUACAGGUUGUAUGACUGAUGAUUUUUCACCUACCUUUUUUAUAGUGUUGUUUGUUCACCUGUAAUUAAAUUUCUUUGUGAUAAGCUCACAUGAUAUCACUUUUCUGAGAAUAAAACUUCGGUAAAUUUUAUCAUCCAUUUUCAGGCUGGUCUAAGUGUUACAGCAUUCAGGAAGUAUCGUCAGCUCUUGACAGAGUUUGAAUACUCCAGGGAUAAUCUUUCCGGAGAUUCCUAUUCAUCACCAUAUGCAUCAUUUCCAACUGCUCAAGACCAAGGAGAUCCUUAUCAGGCAAAACCAUUCUCUGAACCACCAGCUGAUAGUUUAAAUGGUGAAGAUGCUGCCAACAAGUUUUCUCCCCCACCAUACUGA